UUGAAGUUUGAGCUAAAAUAUCUGAAAAUUCAAGGGAAAAUACUCAUGAUAUUCUACAAAAAUGAAUGCUUUAUCGGGACAAAUGUGGCAACAAUCGAAUGUUAUACAGCGUUUUUUCUUAACAAGGCAGGAUUGAGGAAACUUAAAAAAUCAUAUGGACGAAAUGUAUGCAAAGAUUCCUUUAAUUAGUGGAAAAGGAAAAAGAAGAAAAAAUUGGAUUACUGGAUUUAAUUUCUGCAGCCAUAAAAAGCUCCAUGAAAAUCUGACUUAGGUCCUCUAGAUUUUAAUUUCACGAAGAACUGCGGAUGAGAAAAGGAAAAACUUUCAGAUAUCGAGUGAAAAAUAUUUUUGGAGAGGACAGAAUUCAUGAUGUAUAACCUUCAAUUGACGUUUCUUGACCCAUCAUCAUUAUUUCUUUUACUUUUUGAGUUGUUCAGAUUUUAAGUAGUGAAGACAUAGAUUUUAAGAUAGUAAGAUUAUAUCGGACAAAAUCUUCAAUGACUUAACGAUGACACAUUAGACUCAAACUACGAACAGGGGCCGAAUUUUGUCGGGUUUUUCACAUGGAGUGCAACAUCCAUCGAUGAGUUCAAACCGCACCACCGGCCAAUCAGAAGCGCUAAUCCGAAUUUAAGUGCAGUCGAGACCCGUCCUAAGUACACACGUAUUUAAAUACGUUGGAAGAACCGACAAAAUUCGGCCCCUGAGCUCAAGUAGCUUGAUAGGUGAAGUGUUGUACUCAUUAUAGAUAAAGAUCUAGUUUUGAUAAGCAAAAAGUAAAUAAAUAUGGUUAUCAGACUCGAUCUAAACAAUACGGCAACGAGAUGUAGUCUGAGACUGGAGCCUUUCAAAUGUGUGGAGCAGCAUGAAUUUAAGGUUUCUGGUUUUCUUCAUUCUUGGCACAAUCUGUUUUUCAGUCGGGGGAAAAGUGAUUAAAGACGAGUAUUUCAAUACUGUCCCAGGAGCAACUGUAACGUUUCAUUGCCCCAAUUAUGACGCCGCGACACCACAAAUUUACGCUGUGGACGAAGCUGAAGUUACUCCAGCAAUUCUAGAGUUAACUGAUGAAGACAUGGUCUCAGAUACGGGAUCCAUAGUGCUUGCAAACGUCAAUGAAAAUGAUUCAAAGAUGUACGUUUGCGCUGUGCCAGGGGACAAAGAUUACAAACAAGUGAGAAUUCAUGUGAAAGUUCAAGAAAAAUCUUCAUACUCUCACCAGGAAAUCAUUGAUGUUCCCUCCUUCCGACGAUUUCCGAUAGUAGGAGCAGCUGCCAAGGCCAAACGCAGGCAACAGAAGAAGAAAAGGCGAAAAAAAUACCUAACUGAGGAUGAAACAACAACAGCUUUGCCAUCAACAACGACAACAAAACCUCCAACAACAACAGACUUAGCUGAGAAUCCGGAUAAUCCACCCGGUGCAAAGCCUGACGAACUUGAGGAAUACAAAAACCGGACUGAGCUCCGAAAAACUCUUUACCCGCCUUCGAAACCAACAGUGAUGAAGGUGAGUGAUACGGAGGUGCAAGUAAAAUGGUCAAUCAACAUAAUGAAGGAUCACCCAGUCAAGUACUUUAUGAUCCAGUAUGUCGAAAAAAACCGCCUCAAUAUGGUCCUCGGCGGGGGAAAUGAAUGCCACGAUGUAGAAAACGUGCUAACCACCUUGUAUUGGCAUAACUUCGACCGUCUCAUGCCAGGACACUCAUAUCAGUUCAGAGUCGCAGCUGUUUAUGAUGCGCCAGACGAGAUAUCUGUGCUCAGCAAAAGCUCUGAAUGGAUUGACAUAAAAUAAUUAGGACUCGAUAACGUGCCAAACAGAAACCGACAUUCUUCAUUGAUUGUUCCAGGUUCCAGGUUGCUGCUGUCUAUGACGGAAAAAAGCUCCUAUUUAAGACGAGCGAAUGGUCCGAUUGGUUCUUGCUAUGAUGUAAAUCGUGCAAUCAGUCUCACCCCGUUUCUAAUCAAAAGUUCGGGGACUAUUUUCAGACUCUCCGUGCGCACUCCUAAGCCCAAUUCACACGGUUCAACUUUUCACUAUUCAUUGCUUCAAACUUUUGCAAAUGUUUACCGUGUCAUUCAAUUAGGAAAGAUUUCCACUUAAUAGAGUCAGAGGAAAAAGUAGAUGAACUUUUUAACUGUGUGAAUUCGGCUUAAAAUGCUAAUAUAAAUUACCGAAUAGCUCCAUGUGAAUUGUGAAUAUCGUCCAAUGAGCGUGCAAAAGAAAAUUAAUGGAACGCGCAAUAAACGCUUCAUAAGGUCCGGUUCCGGAUUUCCCUGUGACUAGUUAUACUUAGUCCAAAACUUUAAAGAUAAGCUGGGCUCCGUUUGUGAGCACAAGUUUCCUGAAACAAGUUUUAAUAAAAGUUAGUACUGUCUGAUUUGUAUGUAUGACUACUUAAUGAUUUAUAUAUUUAAUUGUGUAAAUAUAAUGUUUUUCGAUAUUAUUUUACAUGAGUUUGUAAAUGAGUGUACAAAUCGACAAAAAGACAACAUAAAAUACUAUCGUAAAACCA